CUUCCACGCGGCCGCCGCCGUGACGUGGCACGCAAGCGCAGAGCCGACAGGGCUUCCUGACACCCGACGAGCAUCCCACCGAAAAAACUUUAGACAUUAGGAUUAAUCCCGUAGUUUUAGUUGAUUUGUGUCCUUUAUCAUGGGCCUGACCAUCUCAUCGAUCUUUAGCAGGCUGUUUGGAAAGAAACAGAUGAGAAUUCUCAUGGUGGGUCUGGAUGCUGCCGGCAAAACCACGAUACUGUACAAACUCAAACUAGGAGAAAUUGUGACCACCAUUCCAACCAUAGGUUUUAACGUAGAGACCGUUGAAUACAAGAACAUCUGCUUCACCGUGUGGGAUGUCGGUGGUCAGGACAAGAUUCGUCCUCUCUGGAGACACUAUUUUCAGAACACACAGGGUCUGAUCUUUGUGGUGGACAGCAAUGACAGAGAGAGAGUUGCCGAAUCUGCAGAGGAACUUUCAAAAAUGUUGCAGGAAGAUGAACUGAGGGACGCCGUGCUGCUGGUUUUCGCAAACAAACAGGAUCUGCCUAACGCCAUGGCUGUCAGUGAACUCACAGACAAACUUGGGCUACAGAGUCUACGCAGUAGAACGUGGUAUGUCCAAGCGACCUGUGCUACCCAGGGCACUGGACUCUAUGAAGGACUGGACUGGUUAUCCAAUGAGCUCUCCAAACGCUAGUGAGGCUGUUGGGGUAGAUGGUGUGUAUGAACCACUGGAAAGGCUAGAGACUCCUCUUAGAAUUUUUAAGUGUGUGACAGAGCUGGAAACUGAGGAGAAAACAUCAAGCACUCUGCGCCUGUCUUAGCUUUUUCUUUCUAUAAUAUACUUAUUUGCCCAAGGUUGUCUAUUUUUUUUCUUAUUUCUUUUGUUUUAAAUCCAACACAAAUAUUUUUUUUUGUCAUUUUGUGAGAGGAAAAAUGUUUUGAAGGACCUUUCUUCUCUAUGGCUUUUUCAGCUUCUCAGAAAGUCCUCAUGCAAAAGCAAAAACACUGGAGCCCCUGAUCAGUGAGCAGUGUUAUUGCUUUUGCUUUAGUCUGAUCAGCAUAGUUUAUCUGAGACGUUGUUGUCAAGCUCACUGGAGAAUCUCUGGGGUUAGUAAUAUUUCACAACUGGACUUUACAUGUGGAGUCGUUUGGCGAAUCAAAGCCGUGCCUGUUCCGUCAAUAAUUCUAGAUAUGCAAGCUGUAAAAUUUGUUGCAGUGCAUCACCUGCUGUAGUGGCGUGGAGUCCUGUGGUCCUUCGAAACAUUAUCUUUGUCUGCAUGAGUUUACUUCUUCUGGCUCUUGGUUUAAUUUCUCCUCAUCAACAGCACAUGGCAUGAAAAGGUUAAGUUUCUUUUAUUAGGUUAGUGUAUUUCCACACGAUCCGUUGUUGUUUGUGACAAAUGUUUGAGUGACCCAGAACGCUGGUUUUGCUGUAGGUCAGAGUCAAAGGAAACAUGAUGUUCCUUAGCCAAAAUGACGUUCUUUCCAUUCUAAUUUAAAGUUGAAAUCGUUUGACGUGUUUCUAUGUUUGUCAUGCCAUGUGAAAUGUUUCGCUCAGCCGUGUUUCUUGAGCUUAUCAUUAUUUGUGUCUGAAUCUGUCUGCUGAAUGCAGGUUUAAUGUAUCGAUGAAUUCCAUGUCUGGUUGAAAUGUUUUGCUUUCUUAAACUGAUGUGUAACAGAAACAAUCUAUUUUACCCUAUUAUCAUGACAAUUUUUUUUUCGUGUAUUAUAUGUAUCAUAUUGUUUUAGAAUAAAAAAUAAUCGUGAACUUGCUGUGUAAAUGAAUGUGAUAAAUCUGAUUCGCUCCUUAAAUGCGGACUUUAAGGUUAUUGUGUUCCUCCAUAAAUCGUCAUUGAUUUGUGUCUUCACCAAUUCAAAAGUGAAUGUUUAUAAUUUUCUCAAACCAGAAAAUGUCUGUUGUAAUAAGUUCUUAGCUGCAUUACUGCAUCAGUCCAGCAGAUGGCACCUGGAAUAAAAAAAUUGUACUACAGAUAUAUAGCUAAAACAUAGCUCACAAUAAGAGCUAUAUUUGAUUACCUUUAUAAAUAUUUCUGUUUGAAGUAUGUGUGUAUAUACAUACAUAAAUACGUAUACUGAUUUGUGUUUGAACUCAAGAUACUUGCGUUGUGUUAUUACAUGAGCUGUUGUAAAUUUUUGAGAAGCAGGGAAGCUGAGCUGUGCAAUGCCUUUAAGUAAAGUAUCAUCUAGUUAAAUAUUUUACAGUUUGAAAAUGUAAAAUAAUUCAAAUGUAGUAAAUUUGGUAAAGGUACUCUGCUCAUCUCUCUCCAUGAAGUAUAUACAUCAUAAAAAGAGGGAAGAAAGUAUGUUUAUUGCAUGAAAUGAGAAACUUCCUAAGAAAGGAAACUAUGAGCAGAACAGUUAUUUGUCAUCGUUCACAGCCACAGCUGUAAACCUCACAGAUACCACGUUACCCGCCCUGUUGCGUGUGUUUGUCUCUUAUCAAUCAUGAUUAGAUUUGGGUGUGGAGAUCGUUUCAGGACUUUCCAGAGCAAGAUCUGUCCAAAUAAAUUCUAGGAGGCACCAGUUUAAAGUCCAUCCACUUGAAGAUUUCUGGCUUGACCCCUGACACAAGCACAGCUGUAAACAUCACUGAUACCACAGGAACUGCUGUAUGUGUGCGUUUGUCUCUUAUCAGUCAUGAUUAGAUUUGGGAGUGGAGAUCUUUCCAGGGCAAGAUCUGCCCACAUAUCAGGUGGUGUUGCAGUAUAAAUUACAGGAGGCAGCUGUCCUUUCCAGCUUAUUCUGGACAUCCUACUGAAAGAUUAACAUAAGAAAAGUUUUCCAGGUCUGUGGUGAAUCCUCAGGGGAGGACGCCAUGGAGCCGGUUACAGCACUAAUGGAGAGGAGGUGGAGUUGAGAUGCUGCUCCCAAGGGCAGAACAUCUGGUCUGGUGCAACUCAGAGGAGGAACUCUGCAUUUCCUAGAGUCAUCUUCUUUGUUUUGUGCUAGCUGACCAGAUGCACAGACACCAGUGAUGAACUGAAGUGUUCUGCAAAGAGCUGAAUGUGUUAUAUGAAAGUUAUGAGAAUAUGCAAAUGCAAAUUCUGUGGGCUUGGUUUCAGUUGGUUGGGGGACCAACAGAUUAAAACCUUCCUGUGAACAUUAAAAUAAAUGUAUGCAGAAAUGUCAUAUGAAACAUCAAAAUAAAAGCGUCUUUAGACAAGUAACUGCUGUAGCAUUCUCUUUACUGACAAACCGAAACUGAUGAGGAGAGGGAGGAGUUUAUUGAGGAAAUGUUGUAGAGUAUUUAAACGAGAGGAAGCAGAGACUGGUCCUUUCUAUCCUGCAGACUCUCAAGUCUGAGACGGAGCGGAGAUGUUCUGCUUGUAUGCUGUGAUCUAGUGUGCAGUCUGCUGUCACUAGAUGACUGCACACGAGUUGAGACGUCACGCUACUUAAGGAUCUCUUUCGAUGCUUGCACUUAUUAUUUUAUUUUGAGGAGGAGAGGAGGAGAACCCAACUGCCAAGGGUUUCGGGCACUCGGGUCCGCUGCCCUGUUCUAGUGCAUUCUCUGGCAACACUGGAUCUCUGGCCGGGGUCCAGCGGACCUGCAGUGAACAGCGCCAGGUCUAUGACCCGCUGACGAAGCACCAGGAAACUAGAAGCAACCAAAUCACACAAAAACACAGCCGACACCCUUACCCCAUUUUUCCCUUUGGUCGGCUUCUGGUUGUCUGUUGCUUGGUUGGCAGGCUGUGGGGAUGGCCUGCUAGAAAAACAACCAGUUUUUCAUUUUAUUUUAUGAUGGCUGAGCGCAACUCUUCCCAGAAAAAUCAAUAAAAAUGGAAAAACCUGAAACUGAAACUAACGUCUGUGUUGUAUUUCAUUUCGAGUUAUGGGACACUUUUUAAAGAAUAACAAGGUAAAGGGGAUAUAUUUUUAAAAAGUCACUGACUUCCAUUCCAUUUCAUUCUAUUUUAAAUUUCUUAGAUCUUCUUUUGUGUUUCAUAGAAGAAAUACAUUCAUAAAGGUUUAGAACUGGUAACUUUAAUUUUUGGGUGAAUUGCUAUCAUCCAAAUUCAUGAACACUAUCCUCAGCCAUGUUUGCUCAGUAAGGACUGAUAAACCGAGACCAAAAGCAGAAUCAAACAUAACUUGCUUAUUCUUUGUCCAAAGUAAACAAAAAACACUUGGUGCAACCAGAAACCCUGCUGAAGAAAAGGUGAAACUAACAGCAAUACAACACAAAACAAUAAGGUCUCAUUUGUCUCAGUAGUGAGCUAACAUUAAGCAAUACAUCUUUACAGUAUUUAUUCAUCUCUGUUAUGGAUUCAUGUUAGUUUUUUAGUGCUUUAACAGUGCUCAACAGAUACAUUUUUAUUUUAUUUUAAAAUGGUAAAUGUUAAAAUUAAGAUGGUGUAGAUGUAGCCUUCAUUAUUAAUUCAUGCUAACAAUGUACAUAAUGAUAACAAACAUAACGUUAUGAUAAAGUGUUUCCAUUACUAUUAAUACUGGCAGUAUGUGAACUUUCAGUCCUCCGUGUUGUCAUUUUUGAGGAAUAUUUUUAUGGAGAGCAUUUUUACCAGCCCUAAUUUUCUAUAUUCUCAAAUAAUGUUUAGAGUACAAUACAAUUUCAGAACAUCAUAAAUGGAUGCAAAACAGCUGGCCAGAAGCAUGUGUUGUCUCAACAAAGGGAAAAGCGAGUUAGAUUCAUUUUAAAAGACUUGAAGAAAUAUGCCCUGACAUUCACUAAAAAACAACAACAACGACUUCCUGUAGAGGGAUGGCUAACAGAGAAUCAGAAACUUACUGAGAAAUGAAACUUAUGAAAACAACAGCUGUUCCCAGAUCAGAUGAGGGCGGGAACAUACCAGUAUAAAUUACACACAGACCCCCUGAUCUGUCCUUUCCAGAGCCUUCUGCUGCCAGAUCAACAAGAUUUCAUGGCGUUUCCUCUGUGGGAGAUGCUGUGGAAACUUGACUGGUCUUGUAGCACUAAUGUCAUCAUGAAGGAGGCGGAGUUUAUGUAAAUCCUUGCUGCCAGGGGCAGGGUCAUCUGGACCAGUGCCAUUCAGAGGGGAAACCCAUUUGUUUGGUGCUGAUGUCCAGAUGCGCAGAGGCCAGCGCAGUCUGCGAAGCCUUACACCGGUGUGACGCAAGACAACAAUCCCGCGCGCAAAGCCUCAAGCCUCUAUUAUACAAAUUAUACAAAAACCGACCACAAAAAAACCAAUGCAUGUGAUGCUAAAAGUGAACCAAGAAAUCUCUUUAACACGUUGCUGACUUCUGAAUAAUGCUACAAAUGUAAAGUGAAGUGAAGAAGUGAAUCUUUGGUGAAACCUUUGGUUUCUGCAUCGCUUGGUUCAGUUUUUCCGGGGCAGAACUGGGAAACAAAGAGCCCCGGAACAAAAUUUGGAAAAAAAACAACAAAAGAAAUAAAAACAAAAUCCAAAAUAA